GCAGAGGAGUGAAGGCUGGGGCUGGCUUUUGAUUGGUUCGCACCUGCAUUUGUGUGAAGGUGAGCGCGGUGAUUGGCGGAGAACUUCCCACCUUGCCGAGUCUUGGGGAGGCGGAAGCUUCUCAGCAAGUCAGUGUGCGAGUGGACGCUUGUGGAGUUGAGUUGGUCCUACCAUUAUUCACACCAGCGCUAGACAAGGCCAAAAAAUGGAUCUCACCAAGUUCAACAGUGUUCAAGUCACUUAUAUAACACUAAGUCUAAUCUUCCUGAUAAAAAAUGCGUGCGGGCUGAAGUGUUACGUGUGUGACAGUAGUAGGGACGUGCACUGCCCCGAGCGUUUGAGAGCCAGGCAUCACGAGCCUUCCCUUUCCUCCACCAGCUGCGACCAUGUUUUCGAGGCGCGCUACUGUGUCAAGACCACUGGAUUGUUUGAAGGCCAACUGGGCACCAAGAGGUUCUGCUCGGCAAGGGACUGGGGAAACUACUGUGAGUGGGUGAGACGUCCUGGCGAUGAGCGGGAGUACCGGGCCUGUGUGUUCACCUGCUGGGGUAAUGGCUGCAACUCCGCCCCGACUCACUCCACUUCCUCCUUGGUAGUGCUGCUGCUGCUGUCCGCCGCAGCUCUCCUCUCCGGGACGAUGCUCUGAGCCUUCCCUUGACGUGUUCAGACUGCUAAUUUAAGUUUAUUGAAAGACAGAGUGAAGGAAGAACUGAUAAUGUGACAGGACAUACAAAGAACAGGGUAAUAUUGUUCAGUUAUCCAGUGGAUUCUUCCCUGCAAGGAGCACAGUUAUGGAUUUCUUGUUCAGUCCUGCUAGGAGAGUGAUGGAGUGUUCCAUGAUGUAUGCGUGUCACUUGGACUAGACACACUGGACUGUUAUGAUUAGCUACAGUGCAUGUGAUGAAUGAUGAUGUCUUCCCUACACCACUUGUCUCUUUCUUACCUCAUUUCCAUGGAACUGAUGUUUAGCGCAGGAACCUCUUUAUCCUGUGCUAUGUAUUUGCGUGUUGUUUAUGAAGAUGUGUUCUGUCAAGUCUGCCAUGGAAGAGAAUACUAGAUGUUUGCUGUAUUUCCUGAAUGAAUUGCUGUGAAGUUGGAGGAAGUGUGUGUGUGUGUGUGUGUGUGUGUGUGUGUGUGUGUGUGUGUGUGUGUGUGUGUGUGUGUGUGUGUGCAAUCUUCCAGACCGUAUCUUAUGAAUAUAAGGAAAAUUAAAUGUAGUGUAAAAAUUAUGUUCUCAUUUUCAGUCAGUUAUUUUUAUUAUUAUUAUUAUUAUUAUUAUUAUUAUUAUUAUUAUUGAUAUUAUUAUUAUUGUUAUUACAUAAUUAUUACAUUAUUAUUAUUAUUAUUAUUAUUAUUAUUAUCAUCAUCAUUAUCAUCGCCAUCAAUAUCAUUAAACAGCAUGUCGGCCAUAUCACGUAUAAUUUUCUUGCCACAAUUGUCUAUGCUCAAAUUAUGAUAACCUAUUUUGAUAAUAGUAGAUAAUGCCAAUGAAACACUGUACAACUUUUUCCAUUAUUCUUUAUUCAUAUAAGUAUAAUAUUAGGCAUUAACAUUUUGUUUUCGUCAUUUUAGUGUCUUCUACAAUUUCCUUUGAAGGGGAUUUAAUAAGCUAUUCUAGGACGCUCCUCCUUUACGCUGUACCUGAAGUGAUGCUCCUUUCAAGGUCCACAGAUCGUCUCCUUCAUGCUACAUGGAACUCUGUCCUAAAUGAACCCCAUGUCUGUAUCAUUAACAGCUUAAUCCUGAUAAAAGGAAAAGGAAUUGUAUAAUGCGGUAAAAGAACCGUAGUUUCUAUUCUCCUUUUACAUAAAUUCCCUCGUGCCCUAAUGUUCCACUCUGUACUACUGGAGGCUUAAAUGAUCAUAUUUUGUUUGAGUCGUUUAAGGCCUUCAUUAGAUGCUAGACUAGUAAUGUUUUCAUGGACAUGUAGUAAGUAUAUAUUAGUUAUAUUAGAAGCACCAACUUAUGCCAAAUAUAGUAAGUCUUUCAAUAAAUUAAAAAGUGGGCGAAAGUGUCAUGGGAAUUGGAUAUCAGAAUAAAGGAAAAUCAAUAGAAUACAUCCAUUAUUCGAAUUUUAGAAAGUGGAAGCAACAGAGUGCAGAAGAAAAUAUUACUGGCUGCUGGUUAUCAGUCCCCAGAAAAAUUAAUGAAGAUUAACAACCUUUGAAUAAUUAAAGGUAUGUAUCGUAGAAAAAUUCACUGAGUUAAUAAUUAAUUAAGCAUGUAGGGCAGUAAAAAGUGGAAAGAAAACCCAAAAGAAAAGGAAAAUGUUAUAAUAUAUUGCAAGUGGAAAGAUGUGAAUUAAGAUUUAGAUGAUAACAGAUUAUGUACAAAACGAGAACAAAGAACUUACAGGAACAGGAUAGAAAAAAAAGAUAAACAGUGAGGCGAUAGGAGACCCAAAACAGCUUACAACUUACAAACACGAGAGAAAUUUAAGACAAAUUCCAACGUCUAUAAUAUAUGGGAAAAGAGAGAGAGAAAAAAAAAAAAAAACUAAUGGAUAUGGAAGAUACAAAAGGAAAAGGGAAUUUCCUUUGUAAAGGCGAAGUUUCCUGCAGAGCUAUAGAGUAUUCCCUGACAAAUUAUCAUUUGGAAUAUUGUGUAAGAAUACAAACAUUUCUGAUCAUGAAAAGUAUGCUAUUAAAAUAUAUUGAUUAUGAAA